UCGCCAGAUAAACAGCCCCCUUCCUCUCUUUCUUCUCAACCACCACGUCCUCGACGGCGACACAAACAAUGCAGACUGCGGUGCAGUACUCUGCGCCGUCGCUGCUCCCACAGUACCCUCACCCCACCCUAAACCUCAAUCGUGGGGUCAACGGCGCUGCGAAUGCCAUGCCUACGCCGCCGGUCCCAACACGCAAGCGCAAGCGUCCUCAUCAGUACACGGUCAGCUACAGCGAGGUGCAAGAGCUCGACAACUCGGGCAAAGUACGAGAUGUCAUCGUCAUCGACGACACCCCGCCGCCAUCGACCGUCUCCCCUGCCACCCCUACUACGACGCACAAUCACCUCUAUUCCUCGUCGUACCAGCCCCCGGUGUAUUCUGCCCCUGUGAGGACACGAGCUCGCGCUGCUGCUGAGGCCCAGGAGCAGUCGUCAAGUUCUUCAGCAGCAGUCCCUCCGCCUAAAAAGCGGAAGCGAGAUCUCGUGGAGGUCGCCAGCACUGUGGCCAAGAGGCCAGCCGCCAACGGUCAUUUAGCCAAUGUAUCAACUGCUAAUGCUAAAUCAUACGCGGGGGGCAGCGGCGCACCUCUCGAAGAUAUGUCGCAGGACGCUGAACCUUGCGACGACAAGGAAGGUCACUACAUCAUUCGUACCAACGACAUGAUCUAUAGGCGCUACCAGACUGUCAAGCUCCUGGGGCAAGGGACCUUUGGCAAGGUCGUAGAAGCUAUCGACACGGAGACAAACAAGAGGGUCGCAAUCAAGAUCAUUCGUGCUAUACCCAAGUAUCGCGAUGCAAGCAAGAUAGAAGUUCGCGUGCUGCAGAAGCUCAAAGAGCGGGACCCUACCAAUAAGCAUAAAUGCAUCCACCUUCUUCACUGGUUCGAUCAUCGGAAUCACAUAUGCCUAGUCUCGGAGCUACUGGGCAUGUGUGUAUACGAUUUCCUCAAGGAGAAUGACUUUGCCUCGUUCCCACGGAACCAAAUACAGUCGUUUGCUCGGCAGUUGUUGGGUAGCGUUGCUUUCCUUCAUGACUUGCAUCUCGUGCACACGGACCUCAAGCCGGAGAAUAUUCUGCUCGUUCAUAACGAUUAUAAGUUCGUAAAUGUUCCUGUGCAUGGCAAGCGCAAUGCUCCACCACGUGCCAAAAAGAUUCUCGAGUCAACUGAGAUUCGGCUUAUCGAUUUUGGGUCUGCCACGUUUGAAGAGGAAUAUCACUCUAGUGUGGUAUCCACACGGCAUUACCGUGCUCCUGAAAUCAUACUCGGGCUUGGGUGGUCAUAUCCUUGUGAUGCGUUCUCUCUUGGAUGCAUUCUUGUCGAGUUUUACACUGGAGUCGCCUUGUUCCAAACCCACGACAACCUUGAGCACCUCGCAAUGAUGGAGCAAGUGAUGGGCAAGAUGCCGGAGCGGUUCGCUCGCAUGGGAUCACGAUCAAAGCCAGAAUACUUCAAGGAAGCAAGCAAGCUGGACUGGCCGAAGCCGAAGGCUACCAGACAGAGCAAGAAAGAAGUACGCGCUUGCCGCAGCUUACAGGAGAUAAUCCCACCGACGGACACCACGAACAGGCACUUCCUGGACCUUGUCAGGAGGCUGCUAACGUUUGAUCCCGAGGAGCGCAUCUCAGUCCGCGACGCCCUCAGCCAUCCAUACUUCCAGAUCCGCGUUCCUGAAGACCCGUACUAACACUCACGCUCCUUUGAUUUUCCGACACUCUUCGACGACCCUGACCCUACCCGAUCGCGCGGACUGGCUCAGGAACGGACAGGUUCCGCUCAAUAUGUCUAAUAAGACGUUUGUAUAACGAUAUUUACAGUAUUGCUCUCCUUUCCUGUUCUUAUCUCGCUCGCUCAUGUCCUCGUUUACUCGCUACGUUAUUCUUCCGCACCUGGAGGUGUUUUCGCUGUCUUUGUACAACCAUCCUGCAACUAGUGCUACAACAGCUUCUUGUGUCUCUACAUCCUGGUCAUCGCCGCGCUCAGUAUCGCCUAAUCGAUCUCGUCUCUUCACAUAUAGCGC